CAGACAGGUGGGUAGUAUUACUACCUCGAUAAUUCCUUAACAUGAGAAACAGAACCUAUAAAAAUGCAUGUCAAAAACAGCUAAUACUUCUGUGACUUGCUUCCAUGGUUAAGCUUAGAACUGUUUGCUUUUUUCGAGUGUACAUUCAAGAAGUAUAUUUCUGGUUUGCUGACACCGAGAACCUUUUAACAGAUGAACACAACAGGAACUUCAUUGCUGCAGAGUUUGGUUUACAAUUCUGAAAACUCCUGCUUUUGAAAUCAUCUGGGUUUUAUCACAUCAUAAUACCGAAUGGAAAUGUCUGACAACUUAGCUGAGUUAACUAAAGAACUGUUACAAAUGUGUGAUUCUAAGACUGAAGAUGUGGACUUAGACAGGAUAAGAGAGAGAAUCAGUCAAGGUGCAGAUGUGAAUGGGAACAUCUGUAUAGACAACACUGCACUGAAUCUUGCAGCAUCAAGGGGUAAUACAGAGCUGGUUAGACUUCUGCUGGAUAAUGGUGCUAAUGUUAACAGCCAGACUAAGGAAUAUGGUUGGGCACCUCUUUUAAGUGCUGUCCAGAGUGGUAGCAAAGACACUGUUGCAUUACUUCUGGAAAGGCAAGCAGACCCUUACAUAAAAAAGAAAAAUGGUGCUUCUGCUUUUAUCCUGGCCGCGAUGCUUGAAGACGCUGAAGUUCUUUCAAUGCUGUAUGACAAAUACAAACCAGACAUUGACGAAGCGGACAAUAAUGGAUUUACGGCAUUUAUGGAGGCAGCCAUUUACGGCAGGGAGAAGCCACUGCGGUUUCUAUAUGAGAAGGGGGCUGAGGUGGAUAAAUGUCGUCAGGCGCCGGCAACGCAGCAAGAAUUAAGGACUGGUGGUGAAACUGCUUUAAUGGAUGCGGCAAAGAAUGGAUAUAAUCGAAUCAUUAACAUCUUAGUUGACGAAAUGAGGGCUGAUAUUAAUGCAGCAGACAACCUUGGAAGAACUGCUCUUAUACAUGCACUUAGGCCAAAAGAUAUAAAGAGCUCAACUAUUCAGCUAUUGUUAGAGAAAGGUGCUAAUGUUAAUGCCUGUGGCAGGGAUGAGAAAUCAGCUCUUAUUCUAGCAGCUGAAAAGGGUAGCAGUUCAGCAGUGAAACUGAUUUUACAGCAAAAGUCCAUUAACAUUAAUGCAUGUGACAAUAAAGGGAAGAUUGCACUACACUAUGCUGUGAAAUCAGAAAGUGCAGACAUGGUGAAAUCUUUAUGUGAAGCAGGUGCUGAUGUUAACUGCAGAGAUAAUACUGGGCAAACUCCAUUUAAUCUAACCAACAAUUAUGAAAUAAAAAAGAUUAUGAAAGAUUAUAAUUUGAGAAGUGUGAAUCGCAACAAAUUAGACCACAAAUUCAUCAGUCAGCGCUAUGCUGAGAAACUUAAAUCCCUAUGUCAGGAAAAAUUACCCGAAAUUCAAGGUCUUAAAAUAUCAAAGAAUCAAUAUUACAACCUUUCACCACUACACAACAGUGAUGUUUACUUGGGACUGUACCAUCAAACAGAAGUGGCUGUGAAGUGCUUUCUGAAAGGCAGUACAAAAGCAAAAAAGGAAAAUUAUGUUUUCCAUUGCAGUAGGUUAAAAAUGCCCUUCAUUGCCAGCUAUAAAUGCACUCUGCAGGAUGACCACUAUGAGUAUGUUUGUUUGGGACUCUAUGAAUGUAACCUAGAAGAAUACAUUCAGUUUGGUAAAAAGGGCACAGGAGUUAAAAGCCUUGACAUUCCAAGGACACUAAAAGUAGCUAUUAAUGCUUUGAAAGCCUUGCACAGACAUCGUAUUGUUCAUCUAGACCUGCAGCCAUCCAAUGUGCUUAUCGACCAGGAAGGCAACAUCCAUCUGGCAGACUUUGACAAAACUGAAUGUUUUCCCGAUUGUGAAAUUCCUAAAGAGAAGAUGGAGGAAGACCUAAAGGGAGUUCUGGCCCUGGCGUCGUAUACCAUCAGGAAGAGACAGGUUGCUUUCAGAGCUGAAGAUGAACUGUGCAUUGAUAAAGUUUGUCAGUCUGAGGAACUGCAAGGAGUUGAUUUCACUGAGACGAGAGAUCUUCUACAGAAGAUGUUUAAGAUGGAUAGUACUGAAGCACUGGAGGACAUUUUGAAACACCCUUUCUUCUGGAGCAAGAAACAAAAAUAUACAUUUAUACAGAAUAUCGGCAAUGAGAAAGAAGUGAAAUUUACUGGUUCGGUAAAUGAUACAGUUAAAAAGCUGAACGAAUGUGAUGAUGACAGUGUAUCAUUUUAUAAGUGGACUGAAAAGGUAGAUCAAUAUCUCUUUAAAGAAAUGAGUAAGCGUAACAAGAAGUAUCCGUAUGCAAAUUCCUUAACCUCCCUUUUGAAAUUUAUACGGAAUUUGGAACAGCACUUUUCAGAGAAGACAGAAGAUAUUCAGAAGACUAUUGGAGUCCCUGAGCAGUACUUCCUUGGGCUAUUUCCUGACCUUACUGUUUAUGUUUACAAUGUCGUGAGACUCAGUGAGUGGAAACACUAUAUUCCUAUGACAGAAAACAGAGCGAAAGAUCAAACUAAGCUGAAGCAACUACAUGCAGAUACUGUUUCAGAUGAAUAAAGGGUAUUGAAGGCAAAUGCAUUCUGAAAUGAACCAUUUUUCUUUCUGUACUGAUAUUCACAACAGUUAAGAAAGGACUACUGUAUGUGUAACAUAAAACAUUUAUUCAUAUUAAGGCAGUACCACCAAUCUUACGGUAACAAUAUUAUUUUCUAAAACUAGCAAUGUAUGACUAACAUUUUAAAGCAAAUUUCCUCAGCCUGUUGUCAGCCCUGACUCCAGAGAUAACUAAGGAUUUUGUUAUGGGAGGUGAAGGGCAGAUGAUCUAAGGUCAGGAUAGGGUAUUGAGGUGACCCAGAUAAUUACGAAGUAGACUAGGGUAGCUGAGAAAUCUGUGUAUAUCUUGGAAGGAAAGAGGGUGAAGGUAGAAACAUCUAUAAAGCUUUUGUAAGUCAAGUACAGAGAAUGUUUGAGAUAUGGAUAUGUGUAAUUUGUUACAGAAAGUUCAAUAAAAAGAAUAAGCUUAAACAAUACUAAGUAGGGAGAGAAUGGAUAAUUUUAAUAGCACACUACGUUCAGCUUCAGGGUAGAUCUCAUAUUUUCAAUGUAUUUAGGAUAGUCGUAAUUAUUUUGUUUAGUACAUUAAUUGCACAAAAAUAUUUAAUCCAGAACUAAUUGGUGGAUGGUGAAGUAAUUUUAAUCAAGUUUUAAUUAUACAAAAUAAGAGCAAUUAGUGCAGAUGUACUGCUGUCAAUUGUUGUAAAGGGUUUAAAAAUGCAAAACUCAUUUUUACCAUGAAUUCUCCACAACACUGAAAGUCUUAUGCACAGGUCAUAUUGAAAAUAUAGCAGUAGGGACUAAGAAGAAAAAUCUGAGAUCUCAAGAUCAAAGCCUUCAGUUGUACCUUCUAAACUAGCUAUAUUCCAAGACAUUUUAGGCUGCAUAGUAGGGAACAUCUAAGGGAUCAAAUACAACUCAGUUGGAUUAUAACACCAGAGGCAAAGACAUGUGUUUAAUCCCAAAUAGCUAUUCCGACAUUCGACCCUAUGCAUGUAUUCCAUAUAUACAUUAUAUAUAUAUAUAUAUAUAUAUAUAUAUAUAUAUAUAUA